AUGUCUCUCAUCGCCCGCAACGCUCGUAGCGCCGCACGCGUCGUUCCCAGGAACGCUCGCUCUUACGCCCUCACUGUCGAGGCCCCUGCUAAGGAGUGGGCCGCCAAGCGCGAGGCCAUCAAGGAGCAUGCCAAUGGCACCACCGAUCUCUGGCGCAAGAUCAGUUACUUCGUUGCUGUUCCUGCAAUCGUCGCUUGCACCCUCUGGGUUCGCAACACCGAGAACGACCACUCCGAGCAUAUGGACCACCUGAGAGCAGAGAACGAUGGUCACCUCCCUCAGCCCCCUGACUAUCCUUACCUCAACAGGCGCAACAAGCCUUUCCCUUGGGGACCGAACUCUCUCUUCUUCAACCCUCAUGUCAACAAGGACAUGGGUGCCGAGUAGUUGAUUCACAUUCUCCCUUGCUUCUUGUAACCGUGCACACUAGCCAAUGCAACAGAGAGUU